AUGUUGCAAACUACCGUCCGCUCUGUCUCCAAGCUUGUCCAGCCAAUCACUGGCGUUGCGGCUGUUCGAUCGAAGCAUACUCUCCCAGAUCUUCCAUAUGACUAUGCUGACUUGGAGCCAGUUAUCAGCCAUGAGAUCAUGCAACUUCAUCAUCAAAAGCAUCACGCUACCUACGUAAACAAUCUAAAUCAAGUCGAGGAGAAACUUCAUGAGGCUGUUUCGAAAGGAAACGUCAAAGAAGCUAUCGCUCUUCAGCCAGCUUUGAAAUUCAAUGGAGGAGGUCAUAUCAAUCACUCCAUUUUCUGGACCAACUUGUCCAAGGACGGAGGAGAGCCAUCAGCCGAACUUUCUGCUGCUAUCAAGCGCGAUUUCGGAACUCUCGACAAUCUUCAAAAGAUGCUUUCCGCGUCUACUAUUGCCGUUCAAGGAUCUGGAUGGGGAUGGUUGGGAUAUUGCCCAAAAGGAAAGAAGCUGAAGUUGGCUACCUGUGCCAAUCAGGAUCCACUUGAGUCUACCACAGGACUCAUUCCACUCUUCGGAAUUGAUGUUUGGGAGCACGCUUACUAUCUGCAAUACAAGAACGUCCGACCAGACUACGUUAAUGCUAUUUGGAAGAUUGCCAACUGGAAGAACGUCAGCGAGCGCUUCGCAAAAGCUCAACAAUAG